AUGUCCGAGCUGCCCUGCCCGGAGCCCCUGUCCCACUGCAGCGGCCGCUUCACCAUCAGCACCCUGCUGGGCGUGGAGGAGGCCGAGCGGCCUCCCUGCGAGGGCACGCAGCUCUCGGCCAGCACCCUCUGCACCAGGACCUUCGGCUACAACACCAUGGACGUGGUGCCCGCCUACGAGCACUACGCCAACAGCAAGGGCGUGGGUGAAGCCAGGAGGGGGAGGCCCUCGCUGGCCGACCUCCGCUCCAGCCUCGAGUGGGUGCCAUCGGUCCUCUCCCACACAGCCCUGACGUGGCUCAUCAUCCUGAUGUCGGUGGCGGUGACCACCAUCACCGGCCUGUCCAUCUCCGCCAUAUCCACCAACGGCAAAGUGAAGUCAGGUACCGCGAGCACGACGCCCUCACUGGUGGACCCCACCAACGACAUCCGCAUCAUCGGGGUGGUGACCUGUCACCCUGCUGCUGGGCAGGUGACGCUGGCCGGCAUGGAGUGGGAGGCAAAGGCCCAGGUCCUCUUCUUCUUGGUCAUCCUGGUCUCCUUCGCCAACUACCUGGUGGGGACGGUGAUCCUAGCCACCGCGGAGAAGCAAGCCAAGGGCUUCUUUGGCUACAGAGCCAACAUCUUUGUCCAGAACUUGGUGCCCAGCUGGCGUGGACCCGAGGGCUCCUUCUUCAGCUUGUUUUCCAUUUUCUUUCCAUCGGCAACCGGCAUCUUGGCUGGGGCCAACAUUUCGGGUGAUCUGAAGGAUCCUGCCGUGGCCAUCCCCAAGGGCACCUUGAUGGCCAUCUUCUGGACCACGAUAUCCUACCUGCUGCUGUCUGCUACCGUAGGUGCCUGUGUGGUCUGGGAUGCCUCGGGCAGCCUGAACGACAGCGUGCCCCUGGGCUCGCCAGGCUGCGAGGGGCUGGCCUGUGGCUUCGGCUGGAACUUCACCGACUGCGCCCAGCGGCACAGCUGCCCCUACAGGCUCAGCAACCACUACCAGAGCACGAGCAUGGUGUCGGGAUUCGGUCCCCUCAUCACGGCGGGGAUCUUUGGUGCCACCCUGUCCUCAGCGUUAGCCUGCCUCGUCUCAGCCCCCAAGGUCUUCCAGUGCCUCUGCAAGGACCAGCUCUACCCUCUCAUAGGCUUUUUCGGGAAGGGCUAUGGGAAGAACAAGAACAGCAAGUGGGCCGUGCUCUUCGGCGCCGCCAUCUCGGUGCUCAUCAUGUUCCUGCUGACCUGGUGGGCGGCCCUCAUCGCCCUCGGCAUCGUCGUCUUCCUCCUGGGCUAUGUCCUGUACAAGAAGCCGGACAUGAACUGGGGCUCCUCCAUGCAAGCCAGCUCCUACAACAUGGCCCUGAGCUACUCGGUGGGGCUCAGCGAGGUGGACGAGCACAUCAAGAACUACAGGCCCCAGUGCCUGGUCCUGACCAGGCCCCCCAACUUUCGCCCGGCGCUGGUGGAUUUCGUGGUCACCUUCACCAAGAACCUCAGCCUGAUGAUCUGUGGCAACGUGCUGAUCGUGAGUAGGGCCGGGCUGUGCCUUGGGUGCCAGCUCCCCAGCUCCUAAAGCAGCAAUGACAAGGAGCUGGGGAGGCCCUGAGGGCUUCCCCUUGCCCAGCCCAGGGCGGGGUCGCUCCCAGACAACCUGCGAAGCGGCAUCCAGAUGCUGAUGCAGGUACAGCCCCCCUCAGCCCUCCCCGUCCCCACGCAGAGGGACACGCCACACCGUGCGGGGUGGGCAUUAAUUCCUGGUGCCGGUCCGAUGGGGACAGCCAGCACCGCCAGCUGCCUUCUUUCUCCUUCCAGUGAUGCCUUUGAUUUCAAGUACGGCGUGUGCCUGCUGAGGAUGAAGGAGGGGCUGAACGUCUCCCGCGUGGUGCAAGCUCACACCGACCCCGGGGAGCUGGAGGCCGAGCAGCAGGCGAGCACCGUCUUCCAGAGCCAGCAGGGCAAGAAAACCAUCGACAUUUACUGGCUCUUCGACAACGGAGGGCUGACGCUGCUCAUCCCCUACCUCCUCGGGCGCAAGAAGCGGUGGGGAAAAUGCAGGAUCCGGGUGUUUGUCGGCGGGCAGAUCAACAGGAUGGACGAGGAGAGGAAGGCGAUCGUGUCACUGCUGAGCAAAUUCCGCCUGGGCUUCCACGAGGUCCACGUCCUGCCUGAUAUCAACCAGAAGCCCCAGCCGGAGCACAUCAAGAGGUUCGACGACCUGGUCGCGCCCUUCAGGCUGAACGACGGCUUCAAGGACGAGGCCGCGGUGGGCGAGAUGAGGCACGGCUGUCCCCGGAAGAUCUCCGACGAGGAGCUCCGCAAGCACAGAGCCAAGUCUCUCCGACAAGCGAGGCUGAACGAGAUCUUGCUGCAGCACUCGCAGGACGCGGCGCUCAUUGCCAUCACGCUGCCUGUGGGCAGGAAGGGGCGCUGCCCCAGCUCCCUCUACAUGGCCUGGCUCGAGAGCCUCUCGCGGGACCUGAGGCCCCCCAUUGUCCUGACCAGGGGAAACCAGGAGAAUGUCCUCACCUUCUACUGCCAGUGAAGCCCCCGCCGCAUCGUUGUCUCAGGCCAGUUGUGAGCUGGGCAACUGGGAAGGGGGUUGGGGGAGGAAGGAGCAUGCAUUGGUGGCAGCAGCGGGGUGAUUUGGGGAAUCCCUAAUGCACACUGCUGCUGUGCUCUUAGAAAAGCUCGUUUUGGUGAUCUUUAUAGGCUGUACGUAGCCUAUAAAAUAAUGCACACCCCAUCAUGCAGAUGUUGUCCCCAUCAAAGCCACCUUCCCCAACCGAGAACCACCCCAUGGGGCUGCAGAGAGCAAGGAACCUGCCAGCCCUGGGGCAGACAGCCCUGGACAGGAGAAACCAGCCCUGCACCAGGCAAAAAGGAGCGUGGCUUCCCAAAAUCAACACCAACCUUCUCACCACCCCACCCUCCUGCCGAACAAACACACGACUCCGUUCACCUCAGCUCGUUACAGCGUUUACUGAUCAUCACUGCCAGGAUCAGGAGUGCCAGCAGAAAAAUAAAACUCUCUGGGAGGCAGGUUUCUCUGCAUGGAGUUCCCUGCUGGGCUCUUGGCAUUUCCAUUUUAUUUUCAAGCUCUUUACAGCUUUUGGCAAGCUCGUGUUGUGGUGUAUCGGGAAUUUUCUUCUCCCAAGCAGUCGUGGGGCACUUACCCAGCCCAGAAGAACAGCAUUUCCAAACCCCAGCCUUCCCAAACCCUUCUGGCCGAGCGGAGCCACCCACCACCUGCUGAAGACUCAAGAGACUCCUCUGCUUGAAGGAAGGCGAAGGGGACAAUGAAAUAAUGUGAUGAGAGGGAGGAACCUGCAUUCAGACUGCCCUGGUGCUUCAGCUCGAAUCUACACCGCUGUUUGGGUCUGGUUUUAUUGCAGGCGGGCAGCUGGGGAUGCCAAGGUUCCUGUU